CAUAGCGCACUACAGCCUGGAACUCCUGUACUCAAGCGCUUCUCCCACCUGAGCCUCCCGAGUAGCUGGGACUGCAGAAGUACACCACCUCUUCCGGCUUAGAACUCUUCAUUCUUCACUCUUGAGAAUUUAUUCUGAGGCACUCAAAAGCAACUAGGCCUGAGUGUUCACAGACAACAGCACUAAACCUUAGCUUGUUGCGUCUGAUGUAGCUUGAAUUAUUUUUCUUUUUGCAGUGUUUUAAUUCAAAUGGGUGAUGAAAAGGACUCUUGGAAAGUGAAAACUUUAGAUGAAAUUCUUCAGGAAAAGAAACGAAGGAAGGAACAAGAGGAGAAAGCAGAGAUAAAACGCUUAAAAAAUUCUGAUGACCGGGAUUCCAAGAGGGAUUCCCUUGAAGAGGGGGAGCUGAGAGAUCACCGCAUGGAGAUCACCAUAAGGAACUCGCCGUACAGAAGAGAGGACUCCAUGGAAGACAGAGGGGAGGAAGAUGAUUCUUUGGCUAUCAAACCACCACAGCAAAUGUCUCGGAAAGAAAAAGCUCAUCACAGAAAAGAUGAAAAGAGAAAAGAGAAACGUAGGCAUCGUAGCCAUUCAGCAGAAGGGGGAAAGCACGCGAGAGUGAAAGAGAAAGAGCGCGAGCACGAGCGUCGGAAGCGGCACCGAGAGGAGCAGGACAAGGCCCGCCGGGAGUGGGAAAGGCAGAAGAGGAGGGAGAUGGCCAGAGAGCACUCGCGGAGAGAGAGGGAUCGCCUGGAGCAGCUGGAAAGGAAGCGGGAGCGGGAGCGCAAGAUGCGCGAGCAGCAGAAAGAGCAGCGGGAGCAGAAGGAGCGGGAGCGGAGGGCCGAGGAACGGCGUAAGGAGCGCGAGGCCCGCAGGGAAGGUUCCGCUCAUCACCGGGCCAUGAGGGAGGACUACGGCGACAAGGGCAAGGCCAGCCACUGGAGCCGCAGCCCGCUCCGGCCGCCCCGGGAACGCUUCGAGCUGGGGGACAGCCGGAAGCCAGUAAAAGAAGAGAAAAUGGAAGAAAGAGACCUGCUGUCCGACCUGCAGGACAUCAGCGACAGCGAGAGGAAGACCAGCUCAGCGGAAUCCUCCUCAGCGGAAUCAGGGUCAGGUUCUGAGGAGGAAGAAGAAGAAGAAGAGGAGGAGGAGGAGGGGAGCACCAGUGAAGAAUCGGAGGAGGAGGAGGAGGAAGAGGAAGAAGAGGAGGAAGAAACUGGGAGCAAUUCUGAGGAGGUGUCGGAACAGUCGGCAGAAGAAGUGAGUGAGGAAGAAAUGAGUGAGGAUGAGGAGCGAGAAAACGAAAACCACCUCUUGGUUGUUCCAGAGUCGCGAUUUGACCGAGAUUCCGGGGAAAGCGAAGAAGGGGAGGAAGAAGUGGGCGAGGGCAGCCCGCAGAGCAGCGCGCUGACGGAAGGGGACUAUGUGCCUGACUCCCCAGCCUUGUCGCCCAUCGAGCUCAAGCAGGAGCUGCCCAAGUACCUGCCGGCCCUGCAGGGCUGCCGGAGUGUGGAGGAGUUCCAGUGCCUGAACAGGAUUGAGGAGGGCACCUACGGGGUGGUGUACAGAGCGAAGGACAAGAAGACAGACGAGAUUGUGGCUCUGAAGCGGCUGAAGAUGGAGAAGGAGAAGGAGGGCUUCCCCAUCACGUCACUGCGGGAGAUCAACACCAUCCUCAAGGCCCAGCACCCCAACAUCGUCACCGUCAGGGAGAUCGUGGUGGGCAGCAACAUGGACAAGAUCUACAUCGUGAUGAACUACGUGGAGCACGACCUCAAGAGCCUCAUGGAGACCAUGAAGCAGCCCUUCCUGCCAGGGGAGGUGAAGACCCUGAUGAUCCAGCUGCUGCGAGGGGUGAAGCACCUACACGACAACUGGAUUCUGCACCGGGACCUUAAGACAUCCAACCUGCUGCUGAGCCAUGCCGGCAUCCUCAAGGUGGGGGACUUCGGGCUGGCACGGGAGUACGGGUCCCCUCUGAAGGCCUACACCCCCGUCGUGGUGACCCUGUGGUACCGCGCCCCUGAGCUGCUGCUCGGUGCCAAGGAAUACUCCACGGCCGUGGACAUGUGGUCUGUGGGCUGCAUCUUCGGGGAGCUGCUGACUCAGAAGCCGCUGUUCCCCGGCAAGUCGGAGAUUGACCAGAUCAACAAGGUGUUCAAGGACCUGGGGACCCCCAGUGAGAAGAUCUGGCCUGGCUACAACGACCUCCCCGCAGUCAAGAAGAUGACCUUCAGCGAGUACCCCUACAACAACCUCCGCAAGCGCUUCGGGGCUUUGCUUUCCGACCAGGGCUUCGACCUCAUGAACAAGUUCCUGACCUACUUCCCCGGGAGGAGGAUCAACGCCGAGGAUGGCCUCAAGCAUGAGUAUUUCCGCGAGACGCCGCUCCCCAUCGAGCCCUCCAUGUUCCCCACGUGGCCGGCCAAGAGCGAGCAGCAGCGCGUGAAGCGGGGCACCAGCCCGCGGCCCCCAGAGGGAGGCCUGGGCUACAGCCAGCUGGGUGACGAUGACCUGAAGGAGACGGGCUUCCACCUCACCACCACCAACCAGGGCGCCUCGGCCGCUGGCCCCGGCUUUAGCCUCAAGUUCUGAAGGUCAGGGCCGGCCGGCCGCACCCAGGCCGCGGGGAGGAUCGGCCCGGCCCGACAUGGACACAGCUGCUGCGGCCAGAGAUACCCAAGUCUUGGAACUGCUCAUGUCAUUUGGUUUUCCACAUUUUGUUUUUAUAUUACGUUGGUUUGUAAAUUUGUAGAAUUAAAUCACAUUUUCCUUGUGGAGAGA